CUGGCUUCCGGUGCUGCAGGCCUGUGGGCUGUGGAAGGUUUUUAUUUUUUGGUCGACAUGGCGGUGGCUCUGAACCUCUUGCUGGGCGGGCGUUUCCGUGUAGCGGCCACUCGCUGUGGGUUUGCUACCAGGGGGGUGGCGAUCCCGGGUUCUGUUGGUCGCGAGCCGGACCCUGAUUCCGACUGGGAGCCGGAGGAGCGGGAGCUGCAGGAGGUGGAGAGCGCCCUGAAACGACAGGAAAAAGCCAUCCGGUUCCACAAAAUUCGGAGGCAAAUGGAGGCGCCAGGUGCCCCGCCCAGGACCCUGACGUGGGAAGCCAUGGAGCAGAUCCGGUAUUUACACAGGGAAUUUGCAGAGUCUUGGUCAGUUCCCAGAUUGGCUGAAGGCUUUGAUGUCAGCACCGAUGUGAUCCGAAGGAUUUUAAAAAGCAAGUCUGUACCCACGCUGGAGCAGAAAAUGAAGCAAGAUCAAAAAGUCCUGAAGAAAAUUGGGCUUGCCCGCUCGCUCUGGCAGCUCCCAGGCUCUGGGAAGAACUCAGCACUGCCUUCUGCAAGCCAUUCUUUGUUGGGCUCUUUGCUGAUGCCAGGAGAUGAAGCUUCAUCCAAAGGUCAUGGUCACAGCACAGCUUUGAAAGUGACAGAAUUGAACACUCACAGUACAGAUACACCAAGGAGACGGAAGGAAAGGAAUAAAGGAAUCCAGGGUCUGGAGGAGGAGAAGAGCUUUGUGCCUGUUGCUGCUGCCCUAGGUCAUCCGAGAGAGCUGCAGAAGUUCCCCACCAGUGAUUGUGGGGGCGUCAGAGGAACUGACAGUGAUGGAUUGCCAAGUGACAAGAAGCUGGAAGAGGUGAAGGCAGGGGAGCCAGGUGACCAGAACAUUAGCAACAAAGUCGUGCAGAGGGGACGAGAGUUCUUUGACAGCAGUGGGAACUUCCUGUACAGAAUUUGAGCCGGAGCCUGGCUUGUGGAAAUGGCACGUGAAACACAGCUGGGCAGGUAUAUUUAGCUCUGCCUGGAUUUCUGUGUGUGGAUUAUCCACCUUCGAAUGGGAGGAAAUGAUGAGCCUGGAAUGUGGGAUGAAAGAGCUGCUUGGAUUUGAAGCUGACAAAGGGUAGACAUGUAUGGGAGUGGGGUGAGGGACUGGCUGGGUAGAUUCCAGCCUCCUGGAAGAACCACGUGGAUCUUCAGGGACUCACCUUUCUCGCUGGGCUCUCUGUUUGUUGAAAGCAGUCUGUAUUGCAUGUGUUGUUACAAGUUUCUGUGCUCCUUGCAAUAUGUUUGAGAGGAAAUUAAAAGUUUGUCUUGUCACCUCAUUUAUUGCAGUUCUUGAUUAAUGAACACUACCAGUUCCGGAGCUGCUCAGUCAACUGAUUGUUUUCAUUAUGUGCAAAAUAAAGUAAAAUGUA